GUUGCGCGCGCGCGAGCUUUUCAUCGAUAACCAAGCGCUGGGGAUGAGCCGAAGGGAAGAGGGAAACGCGUGCAGCGCGAUGGAUCGAAAAGCCGCAAGGGGCGAGGGAAACGACCGGGUCAUCGAUGGAGUGACGGUGCCGUGACGACUAGAACGUAUCGGUCAGUGUCGCGGAAUACAGUAUCGUUCGCGUAUUCGUAUCCGGCUGGCUAGGAUCACGCAGAAACAAGGAAUCAUCCGCGAACUCGAACGAAAGGACGACGCCCGACGAGGUACGGUCGAGGCUCUAGGAAACCGGUAGCAGUGUGUGGUGGGGCGGAGACGGUGGUAGGGUCGGUGACGGGCAGGUGAGCAUCGGUGGUAGGAGAGAGAACGGGUUACGUGAUCGGAAAGGAUCUGCAAGAUGUCGAGUAGCAAGGAUGUCAACAAUCGGUCGGACAACCGGAAAAUCGACAUCGAGAAGCCCUAUUGGGAUCAGAGCACUUACAAGGGAAGGGCACUGCACUUCCUUGCCGUCACGAAACCUACGAAUCUCUUCGCUAGCAGCCAGAACCUCGAACAUGCCCGGGACGUCGUCAGCAAAUACAGGAAAGGGAGUACCCUGGAGCAACUGGGCGUCACGGAGAAAGAGCUGUGGAACUGCAAGUACCUGUACGACAGCGCUUUCCACCCCGACACGGGCGAAAAAAUGUUGCUGAUAGGACGCAUGAGCGCCCAGGUGCCAAUGAACAUGAUGAUAACCGGCUGCAUGUUGACGUUCUACAAGACAACGGCGCACGUGAUAACCUGGCAAUGGGUUAACCAGUCGUUCAACGCGCUGGUCAAUUACACGAAUCGCAGCGGUUCGAGCCCGAUACCGACGGACACGAUCCUGAAGAGCUAUGGAAUCGCAACGUGCGGCGCGGUGAUGACCGCCCUGAGUUUGAAUCGACUCUUUCGAAACGCGCCGCCAUUGGUGGGUAGACUGGUACCAUUGGCGGCGGUGGCUGCUGCCAAUUGCGUCAACAUACCCUUCAUGAGGAUGUCCGAGCUGGUGAAUGGUAUCGAAUUGCAGACCGAGGAGGGCGCGAAGGUUGGCAACAGCAAAUACGCCGCUAAAAAGGCUAUCACUGCCGUCACCCUCUCGCGUAUUCUCAUGGCUUCGCCGAGCAUGAUACUGGCGCCCGUCGCGAUGAACUUCAUGGAACGACGAAAAAUGUUGACCAAGGCUAGAUGGGCGACCGUGCCGAUACAAGUCAUGAUUUGCGGAGUGUGCCUAACCUUCGCUACCCCCCUCUGCUGCGCCCUGUUCGUGCAACGCGUACCGAUCGACGUGAACGAACUGGAACCGGAAGUACGGGAGCAAAUACGUUCCACUCAUCCUAGCGUGCAGACGGUGUACUACAACAAAGGUCUUUGA